AUGUCUAAUAAAACUCCUUCGUCUCUUUUGGCACUACCUGUCGAGCUUGUCUAUCACAUUCUGGACAAUCUUGAUCAAUUAACAAUUUUGUAUUCAGUUCGUAAUGUAUGUACACGACUGAAUGUCAUCACUGACACAUAUUAUCGAUACCAGACACUCACCACACUCAAUCUUGGGGCAAAUGGAAUCGGUGACGAAGGAACAAAACAACUUACCAAUGUUCUCAUCAACAACAUGACAAUCAUCGCACUCUACCUUGGGUGGAAUCAAAUCGGAGAAAAAGGGGCACAACAUCUUGCCAAUGUUCUCAUUCACAACACGACACUCGCCACACUCGACCUUGGAUCGAAUCAAAUCGGACAAAAAGGGGCACAACAUCUCGCCAAUGCUCUUACCAACAACACAACACUCACAACACUCGACCUCAACGGCAAUGGAAUCGGAAUCAACGGUACCCAACAUCUUGCCAAUGCCCUCAUGAAAAACACGACACUCACAACACUCGAUCUCAUGAACAAUAAAAUCGGAGUCGACGGUGCACUGUAUCUUGCGAAUGCUCUCGUCCAUAACACAACACUGUUCACACUCAAACUUGCGGAUAACGCCAUCUUGAAUCAAGGGACGCAAUAUCUCGCCUAUGCUCUCACGAAAAACACGGCACUCACAACACUCGACCUCAGAAACAAUGCAAUUCAAGACAAUGGUGCACAACAUCUUGCCAAUGCUCUCGCCAACAAUAUCACACUCACCACACUCUCCCUUCGGUGGAAUCAAAUCGGAAAAGAAGGAGCACAAUAUCUCGCUAAUGCUCUCACGAAAAAUACAGCACUUGCUAUACUCGACUUAAUGGGUAAUAAAAUCGCAGCCGACGGUGCACAACAUCUUGCCAACAUUCUCACCAGUAAUAGGACACUCGUCACACUCGAUCUUGGGUGGAAUCAAAUCGGAAAAGAAGGAGUACAACUUCUUGCUAAUGCUAUCACGAAAAACACGACACUCACAACACUCGACCUCAUGGGCAAUGAGAUCGGAGCUGACAGUGUACAGCAUCUUGCUAAUGCUCUCAUCAAUAACACGACACUCUCCAUACUUAACCUUGCGGAUAAUGACAUUGGGAACAACGGGGCACAAUAUCUUAGCAAUGCUCUUGCCAACAACACUACACUCACCACCCUCUAUAUCAUGGGCAAUAGAAUAGGAGUCGACGGUGCACAACAUCUUGCCGAUGUUCUGGCCAACAACACGACAUUGACAACGCUUGACCUCACAAACAAUGAAAUCGGAGCCAAUGGCGCUCAGCAUCUUGCCAAUGCUCUCAUCAAUAACAAAACACUCGUCACACUCGAUCUUGGAUGGAAUAAAAUCAGAGAAGGGACACAAUAUCUCGCCAAUACUCUCACGAAAAACACGACACUCACAACACUCAGCCUUGUGGGCAAUGAAAUCACACAACACGGUGCACAGUAUCUUGCCAAUGCUCUCGCAAAAAACACGACACUGUUUACACUGAACCUGGCGCAGAAUUACAUCUUGAACCAAGGUGCACAAAGUCUUGCCAAUGCUCUCGCCAACAAUACGACACUCAUCACAUUGAUUCUUACGGGCAAUCAAAUCGAAAAACAAAGAAUAGAAGAUGCGAUGGAAAUUCUGAAGGCUAACGACGCACUGAAAGUGCUCUGGUGA